AUGGACAAGAAGGAAGAUGAGAGAAAGGAAGAAGACCAACGGUUGGAGUAUAUGUUUAAUUAUUUGAUGUUAUCGAGAAAAUUAAAAGCUGACAAAUGGACGAAAAUGUUAUCGACUGCAGAUUUUAAGGACGUAAUUACAAAGUUCUUCGGUACCGCAUCAGAGAUGGUCCUCGUGUUGCAAUUGACACCCGCCGGUCUCUUAGUGCCCUAUCUCGAAAUAACGCAAUCCAAGAGAAAGCAGACGUACUUCUUGAAGAGGGAGCCCCAAAUGGUCACCGAGCACAAUUACAAGGAUUUGUUGAUACCAGGUGACAUGGCGCCGAAUCCGAUUGAGGAAUUGGCCGUGCUUGUUGAGGAUGCAUACGUACCUAUUUUAUCGAAUCCGAAAAAUCAUGUUGGUUGGCCGGAAAUUGUUCGUAAAGAUGUUAAGAAGCAAGUAUACGACCUCCGAAGUUUAAUAUGGCAGGUAAAAGGAAAAAUAACUGGACAAACUUUAUUACCAAUGCCAAUGGGUAUCGAAGAAAUAAUCAAUCAACAAUUGAGAUUAGACUCUCCUAAAUUACUCCAAUUAAAGAAUAAUAUAGAAGAAAUCGUAAUAAAGUGGGCAACUCAGAUUAACGAGAUUUUAAACGUAGAGUUCUCAAUGCUUUCAAAGAAUGGAAAGGAAAUUCCUGUGUCUGGUAGUUUAACAAUUUUUCAAAUGAUAUCUGUCUUUAAAAUUUAUUAUUUUUUUUAUCAUGAUUUUAUAUAUAUAUAUAAAUGUUUAUUAUUUUAUUUUAUUAUUGUAUAUUAUUUUAUUUUAUUUUAUAUUAUUUUAUAUUAUUAAUGUUUAUUAUUUUAUAUAUGUAUAUAUAAAUCCUUCACCAAUUAUAUAAAUCUUAUUUUUUGAUCUUCAUAAUUUGUCCGGUAAAAAGGAAUCAUCUUGCUUUUCCUGAUUCAUGUGACAUUAUGCUACUGUACAAAUACCUCUUAUUAUGAAUUUUAUCACUAUGAACAAAUAUAUAUAUGAUAAAAUACGAAGUGUGUUACUUUGAAUUGCGUUGCUUUAUCAGUUAAUAUAUAAUUGAAUCUUGUUGAAAACCAGAUUUUUGCUUUUAAAAUACAUAUCUUUGCGAACUGUGUUAUUUUUGUCGCAAUUUAAAUAUGACCCUCAAGUAGUUUUUUUAAUUAUAAGAGCGCAGAAAAUAUUGUAUACGUAAUUUAAAUGAUAUUGGCCAAAUUCCGCAGGUCUGUUCCGUUUUUUCAAAAGUUGUUUUUUCCCCCGAAGUUUUUCGGUCAUCGACAUUUUUUUCAAAUAACUCUAUAUAUUUCUCUCUAUUUCAUCGUUUGUUUACAUUCAAUCAGACUAUAAUCGGCCGAAAGAAUUUCUCAUUUUUAUCUUAUUAUUGUACAACAUAAUUCUUUUUAAUAUUACAAUUUUUAACAUUCUUCUGAUAGUUUUUAACACUUUAUUAUUUAUUUAUUUCAGAGUUGGACUUUUGGAGUAUGA